AUGAAGGCUCCCACGGCUACUCUGAUCCUCGCCGGCGUCGCUGCCGGCACCUCCAUUGCAUACAAGGGCAGUGUAGCCUUCUCGGCCCAGGAGCUGGCUGCCGACAGCGCACCCAACGCUGUUUCCAUGUCCAAGUUGAUGUCCGCCAAGAUGAGCCAGCGGGCACAACACCGUGCGGAUGGAGCGUACGACGCCGGCCGCUAUGCCGCGGCGGCCACCUCGGCCAAGUGCUCCAACGGGAAGGCAGGCGACUACAGCUGCCGCAACAUCGAUCUGGCCGGUUUCCUCAGCCACGAGGAUACUGGCAGCAGCACUCGCGAAGGCAACGAUAUCUGGGCCUGGACUUCCUCUACCGGCCGAGAAUUCGGCCUUGUCGGCCAGACUGACGGCACGGCUUUUGUCGAGGUGCUCAAGGAUGGUAGCCUGCAGUACAUCGGCCGCCUCCCGACGCAGGACACGAGCAACAUCCCCAACGACAUUUGGCGUGACAUCAAGACCAUUGGCAACUAUGCCUACAUUGGCGCCGACACGGGGGGCAGCUCAGACAAUGUGCGCCAUGGCGUGCAGGUCUUCGACCUCACCAAGCUGCUGAACGUCGACCUCAGCUCGCCCACGACAUUCAAGACCGACAGCGACCUCACCGCGCACUUUGACGGGUUCGGCUUCAGCCACAACAUCGUCACCAACGAAGCGACCAACACGAUCACCGCCGUCGGCACCAUGCGGACCGGCACCUGCAAGGGUGGCCUCUGGAUGAUUGACGUCUCCGACCCGAGCAACCCUACGACGUCGGGCUGCUACAGCGGGGACGGCUACACCCACGACGCGCAGUGCGUCAACUACAACGGGCCGGACAAGAGCUACAAGGGCCGCGAGAUCUGCUUCGCCUCCAACGAGGACACUCUCACCAUCGUCGACGUGACGGACCGCAAGAGCCCGAAGAUGCUGUCCAAGACUACCUACAAGGGCGCCUCCUACACCCACCAGAACUGGUUCGCCGACGAGGGCAUGCGCUACCUGCUCCUCGACGACGAGCAGGACGAGAUGAACAAGGCCGGACCCGCGGCGGACCAGAAGACCACCACCUACAUCGUCGACGUCUCCUCCCUCGCAAAGCCGGUGUUCACCGGCGUGUACAAGAGCCCCGCCAAGGCCAUCGACCACAACCAGUAUGUCGUCAACGGCAUCUCGUACCAGGCCAACUACGGCUCCGGCCUGCGCAUGGUCGACGUGUCCUCUGUGACCAACGACCCGACCGGUGCCGGCUUCAGCGAGGCUGGGUUCUUCGACGUCCACCCUGACGACGACGCUUCUGGCGGCGAGGCAACCUUCCACGGCGCGUGGUCUGUCUACCCCUGGCUCAAGAGCGGUUACCUCCUCGUCAACAGCAUUGAGCGUGGUGUCUUCUCUGUCAAGUACACCGGCUAG